UUUGUCAUUAUUAAUAACAGGAAUACGUUAUUUUUUAAGUUUUAAAAAACAUUUCUAACAAGUAAGUUUGUGAAAUUGUUUAUUUCAUUUAAUCGAUAACAUGAACAAUCAAAAUAUCGAAGAAGCAGCUCCUGAUAUUAGUGAAGAAAAUAAAGGUACCAAACCACCCGAAAUUAAUGAUUUCGUUAUUAUAAAACCGAUAAGUCGUGGAGCAUUUGGAAAGGUUUUCUUAGGAUAUAAGAAAAACAAUAUAGAUGUUAUGUAUGCAAUUAAAGUGAUGAAGAAAACAGAAAUGGUCAACAAAAACAUGGUAACUCAAGUCGUGAAUGAAAGGAAUGCGUUGGCUCUUACAAAAAGCCCAUUUUGUGUGCAACUCUUCUAUUCCCUACAAACAGCGUCCUCAAUAUAUUUAGUGAUGGAAUAUAUGGUUGGAGGAGAUUUGAAGUCACUUCUUAGUGUAUAUGGUUUUUUCGAUGAAUCAAUGGCAAUUUUCUAUACAGCUGAAGUUUGCUUAGCACUACAAUAUUUACAUAAACAUAAUAUUAUUCAUAGGGAUAUUAAACCCGAUAAUAUGCUGUUGUCUAAAGAAGGACAUGUUAAGUUAACUGAUUUCGGUUUAUCCAAAGUUCAUAUUCACAGAGACUUGGAGAUAUCAGAUUUUGAAAAUUUUACACCAAAUAUAUGUAAAAGAACUCCUGGGCAAUUGUUAAGUUUGACUUCUCAUCUAAGUUUUGGGUCAGGAAAUUCUAAAUAUAUAAAUAGUAAUGCUAUUGACUCCAUUUCAGAAAUACAUUGUGAAAGUGCUGUUAGUAGACAUGACUCGUCAAAUUUUAAAGAAAAUAUUUCAAAUAAUGCCAUACAUAAUUCUUCAGUUUUAUCUGGCAUUACUUAUCUUUCUACAGACUAUAAUACUCCUUCUCGAUUAUCAGAUACUUCUUAUGAUACUUGUCGAAGUAGUCAAGAAGAAAAUACAGGAAAUUCAUGUGAUAGUUCUCCAAUAAGUAGAAAAAUAUGUGGUUGCAGUAGUUACAAGAUACGAGAAGUAAGGGAGAGAAAAAGGAAAUAUAGAUCACCUUCACCAAAAACCACAAGAAAAACUUUUGUCAAAACUGGCUUAACAGGUGAAAUGGAAAUUAUGAGAGUUGAAUCUCCAAAAGGUGUUACUUUUUCAACACCUGUUUCUGCUCAGAAGAACAAACCAAAAUCUACUAGAUUUGAAUUGCCUAAAAAAUCUAUUGAUGAAAGUGUAAAACCUAUAAAUGGUAGUAGUCAUAUAAUGAGUCCUAUAUCAAGUGAGGCGACUACCCCAAAAACUCCCAGAACUCCUUUUCGUACACCCAAAUCUGUCAGAAGAGGCCAAUGGAAUUCAGAUCAGAGAAUAUUAGGAACUCCUGAUUACCUUGCUCCAGAAUUGCUUUUAAGGAAAGGCCAUAAUCACGCUGUGGAUUGGUGGGCUCUAGGAUGUUGUUUAUAUGAAUUUGUAACCGGCAUUCCUCCAUUCAGUGAUGCUACACCUCAGUUGGUUUUUAAAAAUAUUCUUGAGCAUAAUAUAGAGUGGCCUACUGAUGAUGAAGCUUUGUCACCUGUGGUUGUUCAAGGUAUAGAGGCUCUUUUAAAUGAAAAUCCAGAAGUAAGGGCCAAUGCAGAUGAUAUCAUGAAAAUGGAAGCUUUUAGUCAGAUUGAUUGGACUAAUCUAUUAUCAAUUACACCUCCAUUUGUACCUGAACCAUAUGAUUUGACUGAUACUGGAUAUUUUCAAGCAAGAAAUGAGCUAUUGAAUUUUAAUAUAUCAAAUUUUGAUUUAUAG